AUGCUUGUGCCAACGGAACUACGAUCUGCCCGUUAUCGUAUACGCAAUUAUGCGGAACAAAUUGCUGGAAUCCAACCACUCAAUAUUGCGCCAAUGGUAGUGUUCGGUGUAUCAAUUCGUGUAAUGGCAUUUGUUAUUCUAAUUCUCAAUAUUGCUAUAACAGCACAACUAUUUGCAACAACGGCGAAUCAAUGUUAUAACGCAUCACAACUCAAAUGUUUGAAUAACUCACUUUGUCCACCGAAUGCUUCGUGUGCAUCCCAAUGCUUACAAUAUAAUCAAGGUUGUGCAAACAAUCGAACAAUAUGUUCUGGUUUUUACUAUUGGAAUAUCAAUUUACAAGUUUGUGGUGCUCAGCAGUGCUAUGAUCCUACAAACACUGUGUGUUUGGGUAAUAACGGAACUGUGUGCCCAAUUGGAAGUCAACUUUGUUCAGGGUCAUGUUAUUUUGCACAGUGGGAGUAUUGUGUCGGUGGCAACAAUACUUUAUACUGUCUAAAUAAUCCGUCGUCGUUGAACUGCUCUCAUUGCUCCAGUACACUAGGUAGUUCGACUGCUGGCCCUAGCGGUGUUACAACUACGGUUUCUACCACUCGAAUAAAUGGUACCUCUACGACAAGCGGAACAACGUCUACGGUUGCUUCGGGCUCUUGCUGUGCAAUCAGAAAUUGCACAACGGAUUCGGGUUGUUGUCAACCAAUGCUACUUGAAUGCCAAUGUUAUCGUUUGAAUCAAACUGACGCAUUUGGUUCAUGCGUCAGUCCGAAUUCCACUUCGGUAUCCGGGAACACUUGCCCUGUUCAGGGUCGAUGUAUACUAAAUUCUGACUGUUGUAAAUGCGAAUGUGCUACUGUAAGUUACAUUGAUUCAAGUGGGAAUCAGCUUGCAAAGAAACAGUGCAUACCACGCUAG